UGGACAUAGUAUCUUCUUUUCAUCUCUCAUCAUUGUUGUUGUGGUGGUGUAGCUAGCUGGUAAUGACUGCAGCUCAUCGGGGCAAGGUGUUUUAGUGCCAAGGAAAUCUAGGCCAGGUUGUUUUCAUCUUCCUUCUACUAUGGCUCCUGCAAAAAUUCUCAGUUGUACUACGAAGCUCCUGCAUUUUGGGCUCGGGGAUCAGUUCUACAAGGAAGCCAUUGAACAUUGCCGUAGCUAUAACUCGAGGCUAUGCGCUGAACGUAGUGUGCGUCUCCCCUUCCUUGACUCCCAGACUGGCGUUGCCCAGAACAACUGUUAUAUCUGGAUGGAAAAGAGGCAUCGGGGACCAGGCUUAGCUCCAGGGCAGCUGUACACGUACCCCGCCCGCUGCUGGCGCAAGAAGAGGCGACUGCACCCGCCUGAAGAUCCCAAGCUGAGGCUGCUGGAGAUAAAGCCUGAAGUGGAUCUGCCCCUAAAGAAAGAUGGAUUCACAUCAGAAAGUACCACACUGGAAGCCUUAUUACGAGGUGAAGGGAUUGAAAAAAAAGUGGAUGCCAAAGAAGAGGAGAGCAUCCAGGAAAUACAGAGGGUUCUGGAAAAUGAUGAAAAUGUAGAAGAAGUGAAUGAAGAGGAAGAUUUAGAAGAAGAUACUCCUAAACGAAAGAACAGGACCAGAGGACGGGCUCGUGGUUCUGCAGGUGGCAGGAGAAGGAAUGAUGCUGCUUCUCAGGAAGACCAAGAUAAACCAUAUGUCUGUGAUAAUAGUUACAAACAAAAGCAUAACCCCAAAACCUCCGACAAAGUCUGUGGCAAACGUUACAAGAACCGGCCAGGGCUCAGCUAUCAUUAUGCUCACACACACCUAGCCAGUGAAGAAGGGGAUGAAGCUCGGGAGCAAGAAACGCGGUCCCCCCCUGUCCACAGAAAUGAAAACCACAGACAUGCAGAAACUCAGAUGAAGUCCAGAGAAGUAAAGGUGACUGAAGUAGCAAGUGAUAGAGCCCAGAAAGGACCAGAUGGGACUGUUAUUCCCAAUAAUUACUGUGACUUCUGCUUGGGAGGUUCAAGCAUGAACAAAAAAAGUGGCCGGCCAGAAGAACUAGUGUCCUGUGCUGACUGUGGACGCUCUGCUCAUUUGGGAGGAGAAGGCAGGAAGGAGAAGGAGGCGGUGGCCGCAGCGCGAAGUACGGAGGACUUGUUCGGUUCCACGUCUGAAAGUGACACCUCAACUUUCCACGGCUUUGACGAGGAUGAUUUGGAAGAGCCUCGCUCCAGUCGAGGAGGACGCUACAGUGGCAGGGGCUCUCCCACGGCAGACAAAAAAGGCGGCUGCUAAAUCCAUUCAACAAACUCUGGCCCAUGGGCAGUAGCCCUUUGUACUUUGGUUGUUGUUCUGGUCCCAUUAAAAAAAAUAGAACUUUAGAUUACCUCCUCUCUCCCACCCACCACCUUCCCUGCCUUUUCCUCACAUCCUCCAUAUCCUCAUGUCCCUUUCCCUUUCCCUCCACAUUCCUCUCUCUCAUUAAAAGUUUUGGUGAUAUAUACCAAAAGCACAAAUUUUAAAAAUUCAGAAAACUCAAAAGAUGACUCCCUCUCGCCUCAGAGAGAACUUCAACUUAAAGAUUUUUCUUCUGAAAUCAGAAAUCAUGUUGGUUAUUUUUUGGGAACAAACAGAUGGGGUAUGUACAUCUUCCCUAAACCAUUAAAAAACUCAAGUGGA